GGACGGUUUACAGAGAAAGAUUGAUUAUCACUAGACAUCAGAAUGUAAUAGGAGUUUAGAUGACUUGAAGAACUCAUUCCAUCGCAGAAAAAGGAUAAUAAACAAGUCUAAAUCCCAAACACAAUAUCCACUUAAUCCUCAGUCUGUGUUUAUGUGAAAUAUAUGGAGUUUGUCUGAGGUUUCAAUCCAGCUUUUCUCCAAGGAGAUGGCUGAUUGUCCUGAAGUCUCCUCUGCUGUUGAUUCAGUAUCCCAACUGAAUGUUCCAUCUAUUUAACUUUCUACUACCCCCCUUCUUUCACAUUUAACACUUGUCCUUCCACCACCACCCCCAUUUAUUUCCUUAUUUUUCUUACUAUAUUUUUCCUGCUGUAGUGUCCUCCCUGAUCACCCCUGGAUUUUGAGAAUUCAGCUCUUGGUUGAUUUCCCUCCCAGUCUCUCCUCCCUUCUUAAAUCUCUCUCUAAACGCCCUUCCUUCCAGCUCUCUCUAGUCUGUCCUGAUCCUUCCAACUGACCAGCUUGUCUCCCACACCCCCAAACUGUUCCCCACUUCCACACCCUCUCUGCCUCCCCUCUCAAAGACAUCUAUCUUGUGUCAUACUCAGUCCUAAUUCUGCACUUGACCAGGAUGCAGCCAGUCAACCAGGUGAGGAGGGGAUGGACUUUAUAAGAGAGGGUCUAUGGGGGGGUGAGAGGGGGGGCAAUAUGUAUAGCCCUCAUUCAUUGCUCUUGGCUGCAGACAGUUCUGGGACUAAAAGGGUUAAUAGAGCAGUCUGAGGCUAACAGCAGUGUGCUUUGUAUAUGAUGGUCUUAGACACUGGAAAAUUAAACAGCCUUAAAUCUCCCAGGGACUGAAGCCAGCCCAGUAAUAUUUGAGAUCAGAAUGCACUAUUUUGUAAGUUUAUUGCUAUCCUGGGGGGAAUGAAAGAGUUAGUCACUUAACCCCCAUACAGUUCUUCCAGCUUCUUCAAAAUUUCUUCACAUUGAUUUUUUGUUUUUUUUUGUAAAUAUGCUCUCUUUUUGGUAACAUGUCUACUGUCAGACUGGGUAUGUUUUUAAAGUAGUUCUGAGCUUAACGUGAUAUUUUGUAACUCUUGCUUUAACCCUAUACAGGUCCUUCUCACCCCCUCUAAAAUAGGGUCUUUGAGCCAAACACUCAAAAAAUACUACCAUUACAUAAAUGCUGCUUGUGAUUAGUUGGUGUAAAAAUAACGAGGCUGUACUGUAGUGUGUGCACAUUUACCUAGUAAAACAUCUGGGAUUGGAAUAUUGGGCAGUGCUGAUUUAUGCUUUUAAACUUGUUGGGCAGACAUAAUUUGGGAAUUGUGGGUGAAGUGUCAAGUGAAUUGUACAACUGUUGUUAAAGUUACAAAACUCUACUUCUCGGAUAUUCUUCAAGGCUCAGCUAUUUACCCCCUAAAAUUGUCAGUUCCCUUGUCAGUUAUUUGUAGUUACUGAUUUAGAAUAAAACUGAUACUGUCUCCCUCUGUAUUUUGAGCCCCCAAAUAUGAAGUGUAUACUGUACUGUAUUUCUUAUGAGUAGCCAUUAAAGUUCUGUACCUAUAUUAGCAAUGUGUGCCCCAAUGUGUCUAACUCAGAAAUUAAAGGAUUACUCAAACCCUUUUUACCUAAACUAUUUAUUUAAUGUAUUGGGCAUUGUUCACUAGGUCACCCCUGUUAUAGGAUAAUUAAUAAUAAUAAUAAUAAUAAGCUUUAAACCUACCAGGAAUCCAGCAUCGGGAAAAGUCCCCACACCCACCCCUUCCUCCCCACUUUCCACACCCUUUCUGACAUCACUCCUUCCCUCUCCGUGGUCCAAUCAAAUGCUUUUUAUAGAGCAUUCAUAGCAUGUGCGCACUUUGAGCAGGGUCGGGGAUUAAGGGUGGGAAUGCUACAAGCAUCAAAAAAACCUCUCAGAUUCAACAAAAUGGAGGGGGCGCAGAAGGAAGGAGGGAAGUUAGGGAACAUUGAAGCUGUCACUUGCUGGCACUUUCCCAGCGCUGCCUGUAAGGGUAGAAGCUGGCCAUGUCUGUUGCCAGCGAGCUGUGUGUGCGUCAAUGUUGCACAGAUUUAACAUUAAGCAGUCUGCAACAGUUCCGGCGUGCCGAAGUCACGUGUGCUGGAUUUACAACUAGCCCCCAGCACAAAAGUGCAAAUAUCUCUGCAUGUGCAAUGUUUCAAGCAGAAAUGCUGCACAUACAUAUUGCUACCACCAGUUCCUGGUUCUAUAUUCUGUAUCAACGCAAGUCCCUGUAGAUUAUUGAUUUUAUUUACCUUUAACCCCUUAAGGACCAAACUUCUGGAAUAAAAGGGAAUCAUGACAUGUCACACAUGUCAUGUGUCCUUGAGGGGUUAAACACCCAUGACUUGGUUAUUUUAUAAAACUCAAUUAAUUAACAUAUUGUUCUCAAUCCUGACAACACCACAUCAUUUUUAUUUGUAUAUUUAUUGCAUAUUCAGUGGUCAUGUUUAUUAAAGGUGUCGGGCGCCUGUUUUAACCAACAACAAGCUUUCUAUAUUUGAAAGACAUGCAAUUCUCUUGAAAAGCUCCUUAUGUCCUGCAAACAGCCGAUCGUGCAUCUGUGUACUCUACUUCACCUAUUAUUCCCAUCCACCUCAAAAACAUUGACCUGAACAUCUUCCAGUCUUUAUUUGGAGCUCUUGGACAUCAACAUUUGACUAGUAUACAAACAUUCUCUUUGUCUUUUAUGACCUGGUUGUGAAGGAACCAAAAUAUCUUUGGAAAAAACGCCAAACGACAGAAGCCAAAUUUAUAUUCACUAAAUAUAUAUAUGUAUCUAUUUUCUGCGUAUUCAUAAUUUGUUUGACAUUAAUUCCAAGAGCCUGAGGAUGGACUACAACUCAGAGAAUUAUGGUUGCACUGGCAACUUCCCAUGUAGAGCCAUAAAUGAACCAAUAAAUCACUGGUACAUCCAUUGGUGGUGCUGCAUUAUAUAUUUGUAGCUUGAGUAUCAGAAUAGCCAAGGGAUUAGUGGAUAUUAUUAUUAUAUUAUCAUUAACCUUUCCAUAGAGAUGUUUAGCUUCUUGGUUCAAUGUAUAAUUUUACUCUUGGUCUGUAUCCAUUGAUAGGUCUGGAUGAGUCGGACAGCUCUAGUAGUGCUACUGGGACUGCUGAUUGCCAUCUCGGAUUGCUCCAAACUCAUCAAGCGUCCGCCAGCAAAAAUCAAGAGCUGUGCAGAUCGGCCUGAGGAGCUCCUAGAGCAGCUGUAUGGCCGUCUGGCUGCUGGCAUGCUCAGUGCCUACCAUCACACACUGCAACUACAACCACUGGACAAAGAAAAUAUAAGCUGCCCUGCAGGGAGGGCCACAGUGGAUGGGAAGCACCAUCUGCCAGUCAAUAUAAAUAGCAUCUCCCCCUGGGCCUAUAGGUGAAUGCACUAACUUCUCCUCCUGCAUUAACUGUUCUACUCAACACAGUAGGACCUUCUCUUACAAACUUGGUUACGGUUCUUGUUUCGAUGGCCUCAUAUUGUCCAGGAUGGAAUUUACCAUCGAGAUAAAUGGAUGUAUAAUUAUUUGUGCCAACAUGUGAAAAAAGAACUUUAGCCAUUAGUGAAAAACAUUUUGGUUUGAUUUAAUAUAUCCCCCAUUUCAGCUCACACUGCAUUUCUUAGUAGUGGUGCUGCCAUAAACAAACAGCACACACAAAAACAAAACAGUUUUACAUUUUACAAGGCUGCUUAAAAUCACCUAUAUUAGCAAACAAAUAUGGGAAUUCAGUUACACUGUAUGGCCAUAUCCUACACCCCCUUUAGCCUGACCCCCAAAAGUCCCUCUUCUUCAUCUACCCAAACACACACAUUCAUUUACUCUUCAAUUGACUGAGCCAUAUUUGAUGUAAACACCUGCUAAUUCCCUACUUCUCCCCGAUUGCAUAUACACAACUUCCUUCCCAAGUCUAGCUUGCAUCAAUGUGUCAUAAAACUCAAUCUUGCAAAGUGUGCAAGUGUCGACAUAGGAACAGAAAAUCUGGGGGGCAAGGGGACAAUCUUUCGUAAUAAUCACAGACCCACAUAUCUUAAGAACUACAUUACAGAUUUUCAGAAGGAGUUUUGACCACCUACCCCCACUCAGUUCCUACACCCAUGCAUGCAAGGACUCAUGGGAAGUGCUCAAAAUGGCAAAGGUCUGAUCUGCUUCAGUUUUAUUUUAUUUUACUGAUAUGUCAUAUUUCAUCCAAAUUAGACACCAAAAAAUAUAUAAAAAUGAUGUGUGUGGAUGUUAGAGAAGCAUGUUUUAUGAAGAAAUAUUGCCAUCAAAGAUGAUAUGAGUGGUUAAAGAAUCUGUUCAGAACCUUGAAAUUGGACACACAUUUCCACACCAGAAGCAUGCAGUAGCCCAGUGUGGUGUCUAUGGGUGGCGUGUGUGGUGUGAGUUUUGCACAGGGGCAUACAUGGGUCGUGUAUGAGUGUUGUACAGGAUGUAUAUGCAUUCCUUAUUGUUUCCCUCUCUGUUUGCCCUACACCUUUUCUCUUUGAUCCCCUAUCCCUUCUAUGGAGUGCAACCCCCCUCCCCUAUCUCUCCUCCAUGUAACUCCCUUUUUCCCAUAAAGGCAUGGCUGGAAUGACUAGGAUGUGUUACUGCUACUAUAUCAAGCUGCUCUUACCAUUCAGUGCCAUCUGGGAGCAGAAGCUCUAGGCCUCCUUGGCAUCUUCACACAGUUUCUAGCUCUCCCCAUUCGUCUUAGUGCAUCACCAGAUCAAACAUGUUCUUGUGUGCCAAGAUCGAUGAGAGUCACACUCUUGUGUUGUAGGUGGGGACACAGACACCUUGUAUCUACAAAUGCUGUUUCUUGGCUGAUUGAUUGUUUUUUUCCUCCCCAUUUGUUUUGUACUUGUAGGAUCACAUAUAAUCAAUCAAGAUACCCCAAAUACAUACCAGAAGCAUACUGCUUGUGCAAGGGCUGCCUGAUAGGACCAUAUGGAGAGGAGAACACAAGCUUCCGCAGCACGCCAGUAUACAUGCCCACAGUCAUUCUACGCCGUACAUCCAUGUGUGCUGGUGGACGCUCAGUAUACGUAGAGGACUAUAUCACCAUCCCAGUGGGUUGCACCUGUGUGCCGGAACAGAAGAAUCCAGAGCAUGACAGUAUCAAUUCCAGUUUAGAAAAAGAAAAGUUUAAGCUACCUAUAAAUAAAGGUGAAAAGCCAUUGCCCAACUAAACAGAGGCUUUCACUGAAAACCAACCCUACAACACGGGGAAUUUCAGAAGUUGCUGGAUGGAUCCAUGAUGGCUCCUAGGCGGAGAUGGCAAUUAUGGCUAUAAUAAGGGGCUAAAAGUGUGUUCAGGUGAUAAGAAUCUUUCUGGAAAAGUAUACCUAAAGCACGUCAGUGAGAGGGAUGAUGUAUGCCCUUAUGUUCAUGUAGCAGAGCACUCACACUUUAUGUUAUUCUAUGUACUAUGCAGAGAUGUUUAUAUGUUUAACUUAUACGACAGUAAAACAAAAAGGCUAUUAGACCAAGUGGUCACCAUUAUUAAUGGGAACUAUAAUCUACUCUAUGUGUCUAAAGAACUCACUCUGCUAUAUAUCAAAUACAUACCCAGGACCAAGACAGGUGGUAUUCAGGGAUUCAAGUAAGUUGGGAUACAUAUUGUACGGCUCUACCCACUUGCAGACUGACUUUUCCACAAGACAAUGACCCCUAUUUUAAAAAUGACACCAACCUUUUCUGGCAGGUCCACCUCCUUCCUGCCCUCUCAGUGCAAGAUAUCCAUAUAGAUGUCAAUAGCUAAUUAGAUGAGUGGUAAAAGUUUAUUUGGCUGAGAAAUAUCUAACAAGGUAUGAUACUAGUAGCAUCUGGCAACACUAACCAUUUUGGCCAAGUCAUUAGUUACCAACUUCAAUGGCCGUUAUUAACUAACGACCACGGCUCAAUUAAUUUGUCAGUAGAAUAUGGGGGUUUAUCUGUUACAAAGAACAAACAUACCUCAUAGAAAUGUUGGGAGAUACAGUAACAGUUAUGGGUGUAGAAAUAAUAAGGUGAGAAAAUGAUUACACUACAAUUAUUAGACCUGCUUUUCCACAAAGCGAUUUAUUAUUAAAGUACAGCUUAAGAUUCUAGGUAGAAACCCUCAAUCCAUCAGACCCGUAAAUAGGAGAUAUUGCGUAGUACGUUUACAAAUAAAACAUUUGUGGCUGGUAUUUAGCAAUAACUAUCUAUAAAUAAUAUAAUUCCACAGACCAAACACUGCAUUCAAUGUUGUUUGAAAGCAGCAGCUUAUUAGAACAUUGCCAAAACAGCUGAUAUAUGUAAACGGUAAUUUAUUAGUUAAAAGAGUAGAAAUCUAACUGUUAAAGGGACACUAUAGGCACCCAGGCCACUCCAGCUCAUUGAAGUGGUCUGGGUGCAAUGUCCCAUGUCCCUUAACCCUACAGUGGUAAUUAUUGCAGUUUCUGACAAACUGCAAUAAUUACCUAUGAGGGUUAACUCCUCCUCUAGUGGCUGUUAAACAGUGACUAGAGGGAUUUCCUGAAUUAAAACGGACCUUUGCAUAUGGACCUCCAGAGUCAGGUUUUUCCCCAAAGGAAAGCAUUGAUUAAUACUUUCCUAUAGGGAAAUCCUAAUGCGAGCGCGGCCAUUGCCGCACAUGCGCAUUAGGGCUCCCCCUGCCGACAUCAGCCCUAAUGCGAGCGCGGCCAUUGCCGCACAUGCGCAUUAGGGCUCCCCCUGCCGACAUCAGCCAGCGUGAGUGUGGGUGGAGCCUGAUCGAGCGCCGGAUUCAGGUAAGUGACUGAUAAGAUUCAGGCGUUGUCUAUGGGGGUCUUGUGGUAUUCUCCAUAGAAUUCGAGCAUGUGCGAGAGCACAGCACUGAACUAGGCUCCUGAGAGCUAAAGCGCCAGGUCUCAAACAGGACUGCCGUCGUGAAGAUAGGGUGGCCACAAGGGACAUCCAGAAGUGAGUAAAACUCACCUUCUCAGCAGUCCUUGGCUACCAGACUCUCAAAGGGUCUGUCUGUUUUGGUGGGCUUUGCGAAAUAUGUAAAUACCCCUGAAAUUGCCAGAUCCACAUUAAGUUUUUAAAUUAUUUACUACAUAUUUACACAGUUAUUUGUGCAUUGGGUGGAUCACUUUCCUUGCAAAUAUAUAUUCCAAAAAAUUAACUUCCAUUAUAUUUUCCGGACUUCCUCUGGCUCUGAGGUACAAUCCUAGCACCUUAGCCACUACAGCUAAAUUUCAGUCACAGAGCAUGGACUGACUGGGUAUCUGCUCCAAUCCCCUUUUUUUUUUUUUUUUCUAUAAAACUAGUUUGUUUCAAAAAUAUCUUGAAAAUAUGAAAAAAAUAUAUAAUUUUUUUUUUUUUAAAGCAAAACAACCCAAACACAAAAAUGGACAAAUGAUGUUUGCUGUGUGCCUUAAAUUCUCCUAAUAUGGAAAUUGUUCUUAAUAAAAUAAAAAAAAUAUAGAUAUCCAUUUGUGUCUGGUUUUUCUUAAAAAACUGAAUAAAUGUAAAAUUACAAUAUUGCAAUUUGUGUUUCCUUCAUAUACACGUUUAAUUUGCUACCCUGGUGUGCUCCGUUUAUUGUUAAUGUCAGGCAAUCAUUGCAUAUUCUAGAUAAAUUGCUGAAACACAGUGAGCAAUUCUGAAAAUGUACCAUGCAUUUAAAAAGCACACUAAAUAAAGUCAAUACAUAAACACACACACACACACACACAAUGCUGUUGCCCAGCUCCAGGAGUAUAUUAACAGAGAAUGAGGGCGGAAAUUCUAAGUUAAACAUACUGUGCAGUUUGAAAGUGUGUAUGGAGGCUGUGGUGUCACAGGCAGGGAGGUGUCCCU